CCCCGCGUCCAACUUGGUACGUGCCAGCGGCGAGGCCAGGCCCAGCCCGGGCGGUACAAUAGGGUUGGGCCGCGGCGGGGACUGGGCCGGCGCUGGGCGAGGAGCAGGAUCGCGGCCGGAGCCGACAGACACUGGGCGGCCGGCGACUCCGAGCCCUCAGGCCACCAGCCGAGCCAGCCUCGAGCUACCCCGGAGCUCCCCCCGCCUUCAAAUCGUUGCCCGCCGGGCCGGGCCGGGCGUGAUGCGCCGCGGGACCCCUAUCCUGGCCGCUGGCCGCCGCCGCCGUCGCCGCUGCUGAAACCCCGAAGACUCCCCAGUGACGCCGCAGCCAUGGAGAGCGGCUCACGUUCGGAGCCCGGUGCCGGCGCAGCCCCAGAUGUGGCAGCCAGGACCCCUCCAGAGCCAAGACCUUCUCCAGAAGGUGACCCCUCCCCACCGCCGCCACCGCCACCGAUGUCAGCCCUGGUGCCCGACACUCCCCCAGACACCCCUCCCGCCAUGAAGAACACCACUGGCCCUAAGCAGCUCCCACUGGAACCAGAGAGCCCCCCAGAGCUGGUAGGGCCUAGGCCAGCCCUGCAGCAGGAAGAGUCCCCUUUCUCAGAAGUGAAGAUCAGGGGACCCACCCCACCAGCCACAGGCCCACGGGAUGCCAGACCUCCUCGAAGGAGCAGCCAGCCAUCCCCAACAGCAGUGUCAGCUGCCGACAGCCCUCCCACGAAGCAAGAUGCAAAGAAGGCAGGAGAGAGACACAAGCUGGCGAAGGAGCGGCGGGAAGAGCGGGCCAAGUACCUAGCGGCCAAGAAGGCAGUGUGGCUGGAGAAGGAGGAGAAGGCCAAGGUGCUGCGGGAGAAGCAGCUCCAGGAGCGCCGGCGGCGGCUGGAGGAGCAGCGGCUCAAAGCCGAGCAACGCCGAGCAGCCCUGGAGGAGCGGCAACGGCAGAAACUGGAGAAGAACAAGGAGCGAUAUGAGGCAGCCAUCCAGCGGUCAGUGAAGAAGACGUGGGCCGAAAUCCGGCAGCAGCGCUGGUCCUGGGCAGGGGCCCUGCACCACAGCUCCCCAGGACGGAAGACCAGUGGGAGCAGGUGCUCCGUGUCGGCAGUAAACCUGCCCAAACACGUGGACUCUAUAAUCAACAAGCGGCUCUCAAAGUCCUCUGCCACGCUCUGGAACUCCCCCAGUAGAAAUCGCAGCCUGCAGCUGAGCCCAUGGGAGAGCAGCAUUGUGGACCGUCUGAUGACGCCCACCCUCUCCUUCCUGGCACGGAGUCGCAGUGCAGUCACCCUGCCCCGAAACGGCCGGGACCAGGGUAGGGGCCACGGUCCUGGGAGAGCCCCCUCGAGAGGCGGGACAGGGGCCAGCCUCGUGAGUGGGCCGCACCCCGACCUCACUCAUCCCUCCGCAGCCGUGCCCGUGUGCCCUCGCUCGGCCUCCGCCAGCCCCCUGACGCCGUGCAGCGCCCCCCGAAGCGGGCACCGCUGCGCUCCCGCCGGGGAGCGCCGCAAGGCCAGCGCCGGGGGCAGCCCUGCCCCGGCCCGCCUCCGGCCUGAGGCUUCGCUGGUGCAGAAAAAGGAGAAGAAGGACAAGGAGCGGGAAAACGAGAAGGAGAAGAGUGCCCUGGCCCGGGAGCGCAGCCUCAAGAAGCGCCAGUCGCUGCCUGCCUCUCCGCGCACGCGCCUCUCCACUGGCAACUCGGAGCUCAGUCCCAAAUCCAAGGCCCGGCCAUCCUCUCCCUCCACAUCCUGGCACAGGCCUGCCUCUCCCUGCCUCAGCCCAGGGCCAGGUCAUGCUCUGCCCCCAAAACCACCGUCCCCCCGAGGUACCACUGCAUCACCCAAGGGGCGGAUUCGGAGGAAGGAUGAGGCAAAGGAGAGCCUCAGUGUGGCGGGGCCUGAGGACAAGAACCAGAGCAAGGGCAAGGCCAGUGACGAGAAGGAGCCUGCAGCCCCAGCCUCACCAGCACCCUCGCCUGUGCCCUCACCCACCCCAGCCCAGCCCCAGGAGGAGCAGCCCACAGAGAUCCCUGCAGAUGCAGCAGUCUUGACCUCACCCCCAGCCCCUGCUCCCCUGGUGACCCCUAGCAAACCGAUGGCUGGCACGACGGACCGAGAAGAGGCCACUAGGCUCCUGGCUGAGAAGCGGCGCCAGGCCCGGGAGCAGCGGGAGCGCGAGGAACAGGAGCGGAGGCUGCAGGCCGAAAGGGACAAGCGAAUGCGAGAGGAGCAGCUGGCUCGGGAGGCCGAGGCCCGGGCAGAGCGGGAGGCGGAGGCCAGGAGGCGGGAGGAGCAGGAGGCCCGGGAGAAGGCGGAGAAGGCGCAGGCGGAGCAGGAGGAACAGGAGCGGCUGCAGAAGCAGAAAGAGGAGGCCGAAGCUCGGUCCCGAGAAGAAGCGGAGCGGCAGCGUCUGGAGCGGGAAAAGCACUUCCAGCGCGAGGAGCAGGAGCGGCAGGAGCGCAAAAAGCGCCUGGAGGAAAUCAUGAAGAGGACUCGGAAGUCAGAAGCUGCUGAAACCAAGCAGAAGCAGGACAGAAAGGAGGCGAAGGCCAACAAUUCCAGCCCAGGGAUAGACCCUGUGAAAGCCACGGAGGCUCGGCCCUCCGGGCUGCAGAAGGAGGCUGUGCAGAAAGAGGAGCUGGCCCCCCAGGAGCCUCAGUGGAGCCUGCCAAACAAGGAGUCGCCGGGGUCCCUGGUGAAUGGCCUGCAGCCUCUCCCAGCGCACCAGGAGAAUGGCUUCUCCCCUAAGGGACCCUCUGGGGACAAGAGUCUGGGCCGAACUCCAGAGGCACUCCUGCCCUUCGCAGAGGCAGAAGCCUUCCUUAAGAAAGCUGUGGUGCAGGCCCCGCAGGUCACAGAAGUCCUUUAAGGGGUUGCCUUGGAUCCAGGCACAACUAUGAGGGCUCCUUUGCAUCAUCUACCAGGAUGUCUGCAAGAGAAAGAGACAGUACAAAGCUGGAAGUGGCCUGGGCCCCUGAGGGUUGGGUCCUCUCUGUUAUUUUUAACCUGCACCUUAUAGACUGAUGUCUCUUUGGCUGGAGCCCCUCAGUGCAUUCGUGUGCUCACACGUGCGGACACCCCCCCCACCCACACACACACACAUACACUCACAGCCUCUCUGGCCUCCUCCCAUGGGGAAGGGCUACCUGUAGUAUUUGCCUUGGUUUGGUGGGGUACAGUGGAUGUGAAUACUGUAAAUAGUUUGUGCUCAGACUCCUCUGCGUGGAGGGGCGGGUGCAAGAGGCAGACCCUCCCAAGACUCCCUGGGGAGAUCUUCCUCCCUCUAUUUAACUGUGACUGAGGGGGAACCCAGGUCUGGGGAUGGGGGGCACCUUGGGCCACAGGAUACUGGUUGCUUUAGGGGUACCCAUGCCCCCUGCCCUCGCCUGGAAUCAGUGUUAUUGCAUCUGAUCAAAUUUCUCCAGAAAUAAAGUGAGAAUAAUUCUGCCA